GUCAAUUCUCGGCUUCGUGGGGGACGUUGUUUGUCAGCUCGCAGUCGAGCGGCGGCGAUCUCCAAAGGAGAUUGCCGACCUCGAUAUCACGAAGCCGUCGCGAAGCGGAGAAGAGUUUGACGCCCGGCGCCUCGCGUCGCUCACGUUCUUCAGUGGG